AUGCACUUGGGACACAUUCAACAAGAAAAGGACGAGUCGUUGCGAAGCUAUGUUAAGCGCUUCAACCUAGAAGCCGGACAGAUCCCAGAUCUGCCCGAUGACGUCUCUUUCGUUAAUUUUAUUAGAGGAUUGAAGAAGGGGUCAUUCAAGUUUGACUUAGUUAAGAAAAGUGUCCGGACUAUGGCUGAAGUCUUGGACGAGGCCGAAGCCUUUAUUCAUGCAACAGAAAUAUGUAGUGCGUCCAAGGAUGGAAAGACAGGUGAAGCGACAGACUCCUCAAGGAAGAAAGAGAAGAUAGACAGGAAAGUCCCACGAGUAAAUGGUACAUGGGCUCUUUCAAAAGAACAUGAUACCAAUUCUCCCGGACAGAAGAGAGGACGCCCACAAGAAAGAGAAUAUUUUGAAUACAAUACAGACCUUCUCACAAUCCUAGUGGACUUCGGUACCAGGUUCGAUCUUGAACGACCCUUCCCCAUGAAAUCUCCUACUGAUAGUCGAGAUCCUAAGCUGUAUUGUCAGUUCCACGAAGAUAUAGGGCAUGAAAUCAAGGAUUGCAGAAGCCUGAAGAGAGCCCUGGACGGCCUAGCCUCCAAGGGGCACCUAAAGAACUAUCUGCAAAGAAGCACUCACGGCACGGGGAAAAAUCAUUACAAGAAAAACAAGUCACCUGUCUCACCUACAGAAGGAAAUCACAUCGAAGGAGGAUUUGUAGUCGUCAUAUCAGGAGGACCAGCUGCUGGUGGGCCCACCAUGAGGGGACAGAAAGAUUAUGCUCGUCGUCUAGGACAAGUAAUGUUAUCAGGAAAAUCACCAGUGGACCCAUUCCCUCGUAUAGAAAUAUAUGAAUCAGCCGGUGAACGUGUAGCCACCCCACAUGACGACCCUCUCGUGGUCGAGAUCAAAAUCUCUAACAUGAAAGUAAACGCAUCUUGA